CUCAACUCAACUAACUCUACCAGAUCUCAGAGGCGUUUGACAUGCUAGGGUGGGCUAUCAUGCUCACUCUGACCGGGGCAUAUUACCCGCGGCUUGUGCGGGAAUUUUAUGUUAACAUUGAGAGGAAGAAUGACCCCUAUGGCGACAUCAUGAGCACCGUCAAAGGCAUGACAAUCACGGUGAACGAACGCCAAAUGUGCAACCUACUUAACAUCGUCGAUGUAGGUACUCCCUUCUCAAUGAACGUUAAAGCGGUGUUAAAUGACCUCGCCUAUGACGAGAUAGGAGCUAUGCAAUUACUUGGUCUCAAUGGGGAGCUUAAGGCCAAGAAUCUCAAUGUUCGAGAAUGACUCAUCGUGUACCUCCUCAGUUUCAACAUUUUCCCACGGGCUAGUGACACACACCUCGUUCAGCGGGUAGACCUCUACCUUUUGCACAAGAUGGUCACCGGGCUCGGAUACAUUCCAGUCAUUCCUUUGGUCCCUCUCAUCAUGAUGAGCAUGAGGAGCGUAGUAAAGACAAAAAGAGGUGAUAAAAAUUUUCUUUACCCUCUUUUACUUACUAUGAUCUUCAGGAGCUUCAGUGUUGACCUUUCAAAUGAAGAGGUGGAGUACACAACCGGGUCACAAGUCCUCAAUGUGAGCACCAUGGUCUCCCUCCAUUACAAAAGGGAGAUUUACCUUAAUAGUACCAAAACAUGGCUUUUUUCCCAAAAUAGGACCAAUUAGUUUAAACAUUCUUAAAUAGGACUUUAUGUGUGAUUGGACCAAAAUACCCCCACUGCUGCCCCUGGACCUCCGGCCAGCCGCCUGCCGCCAGACCUCCGGCCACCACCGCCUGCCGCCAGACCUCCGGCCACCACCGCCUGCCGCCAGACCUCUGGCCACCGCCGCCGCCGCCGCCGGAGCACCGUCGGAAAAUUCCAAAAAAUAUCUGGCUGACCGCCAGAUUCUGCCGCAGCCACCUCCGCCGCCGCAAUGGUGUUUAUCAGAAUUUAUUGUUUAUUUAUUGUCUACUUAUUGUCUAUUUAUUGUCAAUUUAAUGUCUGUUAUUUUCUUGCCGCCGCCGGAAACCUCCGCCACUGCCGCCGCCGCCACCGGAAACCGCCUCUUCCGCUGCCGCCACCUCCAGACUACCUUGGUUGUGCAAGGAAACUAGGGGGGCAAUUAUUUAGAUCAAUUAAUUAAUUAAAUAGAAUUAGGGGUAAAAAAGGUAAGGUUAGUCCUAUUUAGAGAAAAACAUGCAUGUGGUCCUAUUUUGAGAAAAAGGUUGAGUUUUAGUCCUAUAUUGGACAAUUUUCU